CAAGUGUUUGAUGCAACUGCAUGUAGAGUGCGAGAGCUAGGACCAGAGGGGAAAGGACACUGACCACAAAUCUACAAAUGUCACUGUCGUUUAACAGCAAAUCGGGGGAGGUUGAAGGAGAUGGCUGGAAUCUGAUGUCCUCUGGCAGCAGAUCAAAUCAUGGAUGGCGUUCUCGGAGUUCAGUGUGCUGGAUUGGAGCUGCUGCACUGUGUCUGGGGCUUCUUCUGCUCACUGUGAUCAUGGUGGCCCACAAUACCAGUGCUGUCAAUCAGUGGGACUCGAAGUAUACAGACCUGAUUCACCAGCUCACCCAAGGCAGAGACAAACUGAGUGACGAGCGAGACCAACUGAAGAUCCAAUCCAGCAACCUGACACAAGAGUUGGAGGUCCUGCGGAGCCAGUAUAACGAAGUGGUUGACAGUCGAGAUAAGUUACAAGAGGACAUCAAAAACUUACAUCUCAACAAAACAGAUAAAUCUUGCAAGCCUGGCUGGAUAAAAUUCAACAACACGUGCUACAUUUUCUCUCCGUGUGGGGCAUCUCUAACCUGGAAAGGCGCCAGAAAAGACUGUCAACAGAAAGGAGCGGACCUGGUGAUUAUAACCACAAGAGACGAGAUGGAUUUUGUCAAGAGCAGUUUUGCUGUGACCUGGAUCGGUCUGUCUCGCCACGAGCAUGAGGACAAAUGGAAGUGGGUGGAUGGAACCUUCCUGGAUGGUGAUGGAUUCUGGCAAGAUGGGGAGCCCAAUAACUCUGAUGGGGAAGAGGACUGUGUGGAGCUCUCACGUUCGGCAACAGCAUGGAAUGACGUGCCUUGUAAGCAAAGAUUUCCAUGGGUGUGUGAGGAUUGAGGACCGGAGCUGAGUUUGUCUUUCUGUUGAUGUCGUUCAAGGCCUUCGCUGGAAAUACCGUUUAGAACAUAGACACAAAAUGGUAUGACAACAACUGUUCCUUUUCAUUGUGUCUCUAUAUACUAUACUACAAACAGGCUGUGUGUAUUUUUCUCAUUUCUUUUGUGAAAUACAAAGCACCAAAAUAAAUGUAAAGAUGAUUUAUGCAUUCAAGAGUGACACCGAUUGGGUUUCCUUUAAUCUUCACAUUACUGCUCAUUUAUAUUUGGUUCCUGCUUUCAUCAGUCACUCUCCGUCGUUGUUAUUAAAGGACAAUAGCAGAAAAUGAAUAAAUGAAUUAAGGUUCAUACUGGGAUUGAUUCAUAUUGUGUAAUAAAAAUGUUUUGCCCUUCCGUUCCAGUGAACACAUGUACACUGGUUGUAUAAUGGGGACACCACUCCUACAGAUCACGUCACAGUAUCAGACGUCCGAUCAUUGUAAUUGUCAUAAUAACACAUACAUACCAACACAUGAUCAGCAUAAUUCACAUGAGAAAAUGCAUGAUGCCUCAACAUAAUUGUGAAUCAAUGAGGCAAAUCCGUAAAAUGGCUUAAACACAAAUAAAGGUGUAUCUUCUGAAUGUUUUCUUCCACUGUUUCUGAAGUAAACAAUAAAAAACUUGAAC